UUGGACUGAACGGAUGCUAACAGAAACCGUAUUAUACGAGUGCCCUUGCUUUUCCGUUUGUGUGUUGAAUAACGUUUUGCUGUGCUACCGGUCCUUGUUCAACGUACGCAUAUUGCACCGUACAUUGGGGCUAGUGAAGCGUGAACGCAUCUUUCGCGACUCCGUCCCGUUCACACAUGUCACGCUGGCUUAAGUGAGUUCUAAGAGGGGACCGCGACACGCACGACUGCCGCGUACCGGGAAAUGUGUUCUGGCAUUGAAUGUGGGUGCACUGUGAAAAGAAAAUGUGGCCAUGUGAUGUCUGUGCGAUUUGCAGAAUAGUACGGGCAUUAUUAUGAUCCAGUGCGCAAACUGUAAUUCGGUUGCACAGAAGAAAUAUGAUAACAGCAAAAUGCAAGGGGAGACAAUUCAAUGAAGUGACGAUCGUUGAAAGUCAAUUGAAAUCGAAAUAAGUGUAAUAAAUUGUACGGAAACGCUGAUAAUCGUCAAGUAAAAAGUCGACUAAUUAAAACGCCAACGCUUAAGCAGAGAUACACUGCAUCGAGACACCAAAGGAUGGAUAAAUUGAAAGUGUGCCUGUGGAUUAUCGUUGCUCUCUGCUCGCUUCUCGCUGCUAUCGAUGCCGUUAAGGUAUCAUUUUACGGUGCUAGUCAUGUAGCGAUGCCCCUACAGGAAGCGAAAAUUUCCACAAACAUUCGACUGCGGUUCCGGUCGCGCCAAGACAACGCUCUAAUUCUGCUUACGGCCGGUCGGACGGAUUACUCGCUGCUCACGAUCGACGGUGGACGGAUCCGGUUUAGUUUCAAGAUCGAUGAAUACCACACGGAUUUGUGGUCACCCGUAACGCUCAAGUUCAACGAUCUUCAAUGGCACGAUAUUUCGAUAUCUCGAUAUGCGGCCAAUUUGACAAUGCAGAUCGAUGAGUACUUUACGACCAAAACGUUACCAGCCAACGUGACCGAAUUGAAUGUACACUUUGGAGUUUUUAUUGGAGGAGUGGGAGAAUACUCCGCAGCAUAUCUCGGCACAUCAGAAAACUUUAGAGGUUGUAUAGCUGAUAUCUUUUACAAUAACAUCAACAUCUUCAAAAGAGCAAGGGAACGAACCGGUCACGUAACAAACGAACGAGUAUCGUGGAUCUGUGCACCGGAAUUCGAUGCUGAUGCUAGUACUCCGAUCAGUUUUUUGGACGACGAAAGCUACGUAAUUCUACAGAAACCGACUUCACGAUCUGGUGAUCGCUGGAGUAUGGAAUUCCGAACGAACGAACCCUUUGGGAUGCUGUUGAGCAACAUCCCUUCGAGUGCUAGGUACGAUUUUAUGGCACUAGAGAUCGUGGAGAGUCAAGUGCGCCUGUUGGUGGGUAAAGGAUCAAACGCGGUUGAACUGAUUCCCGAUCGAAACGUGUCCGAUGGGAAGUGGCACAACGUGUCGAUAACGUACAGUCCAAUGUUGGUAGAUAUUACGGUGGACGACGUGAUAAACAGCGCGACAUUCGCCAAUGGAAGUAGUCAACUUAUUGAGCUAGAAGAAGAGUUUUACAUCGGUGGAUUCGACUAUCAAAAGAAACGGAAAGCUUUUAUGAAGGGUGCCCGAGCAACGGACUCCAAUUUGAAAGGCUGCAUUAGGGACAUUGUUCUAGAUGAUCAGCUAGUGGGAUUCCCAAACUUCAAAGUUACUCACGGAGUUACCGUCGAUUGCGUCUGGAGAUAUCCUUGUCUUGAGAAGAAACCUUGCAUUCCAUCCGGUAUCUGUCAUCACCAGGGAAUCAAUGAUUUCAUUUGCUAUUGUGACCAAGCAUACUGCAUAAAAGCGGAUUAUUCUGACAGUUUCAAAAUUUUUUCGCGGUCUGACUUGGUGAUCGAAAAGGAGUUGAUGAUGAUAAACCCAAUGGAAGUCAUGGAAGGAGGGAUCGCAUUUCUUUCGCCGAAAUACAUUGCAAUUCUCUUCGAUUAUGCUAAAAUGGGGGUCCAGGAAGCGGGAAUCAUAUUCCACAUAAUUCAACCACCUAAGCAUGGGAAAGUCACGAUUCAUUCCUAUGGAUCCGACGGCAACGCAUCAGCGACUCAAAUGAAAUUCUUUUCACACAUCGAUCUCACAACGGAUAAAGUCAAAUACACUCACAAUGGAGCGGAGAAUUUAAAUGAUCAUAUGAUGAUCGACAUGCAGUUAGUUUCAGCAACACGAAAUACUCUGCCUCCCUAUCUUGAGGGAAAGCAUCGAUUUGUACUACACGUCAACGUAACUCCGGUUAACGACCCUCCCGUUUUAAAACUACCGUCGAACAAGCUACUGCGAGUGACUCAAGGCAUCCCGAAAAUCAUUGGUCCAGACUUUCUACAGGCAGAUGAUCCCGAUAGUUCACCGGACUCGCUUAUUUACACCAUUCUGAUGAGCCCCAAUUCAGAAGCUCAGCAAGGUCGCGUUGAGUUGAACGGUAGAGCAGUUGCGACCUUCUCCCAGUCGGAUGUCAACGAAGGACUUGUUACGUACCUGAUUAACACCAAAGGUUCGGACGAUGCAUCAUUCGAUCUCAACAUUCAAGUAUCCGAUGGCAUGGAAACUAGCCCGGCGAGUACCAUUCAUGUUUCCGUGUUGCCACUGCAGCUACGGAUGAUAAAUAAUACGGGACUGGUGUUGAUUCAUAAAUCCUCGGCGUUGAUCACGCCCCACAACCUAUCCUUUGUUCCCAAUUCAGACGAGGAGAACGUCGAUAUGAGAUACGACAUAGUCCAGGCACCUGUUUACGGUAGCCUGCAAAAAUUACGAUCGGUAGAUUCUUCCUGGAUCUCAGUGGAUUCGUUCAGCAGCACUCAACUUCUGCUCGGUCAAAUACGAUACUUGCAUUCCUCCGACUUGCCUCAGCAUGAUGAAUUCAAGUUCACCACAACGCUCGGUCCGGUAUCGACCCCAACAUACGAUUUCCGAAUAUCCUUCACCAAACUUCGAAUCGGUGUGAUCCGCCAGAAUGACAUGUACAUCAACACCAAAGACAACACGAUCCGAGCGGAUUUCUUAUUCCAUCAGACCGUUCCGAUUCCGACGUUUGCGCGGAACAUUAUCUACACUGUUGUCAAACCGCCAAAAUUCGGCAUCAUCUACGUCGAGGGUCAUCCAGAGUAUGCCAAAACAGGGGACUCAUUUACCCAACAAGAAGUCGAGAAAAGCAUUAUCAAGUAUCGUACCUACCAGUCAUCUUACGGGAGCUUCAUCGAUUCGUUUGAGUUUGUUGUUUCCGUUCCGGAAUGCGAUGAGGUUCAAGGAAAAAUCGACUUUAUCUACAGUGCCCCGGAUUACUUGGCCAAACAAAUCAUCUACCAAAAGCGUGAGAAAAUGUACGUGCAUGAAGGCAACAAAACAGCACUAUCGCGGACUAACUUUGAGGUUCUGUUCAACAAGUUCAAUUUUCUAACAUUCAAUCUGACAAAUAAACCGAAGCACGGAACCCUCUGUAAGGUAAAUCCGAGGACAUUCGAAGCGAAAGAAGUAUCUUCGUUCACGCUGCAGUAUCUAUAUCUGGGUGAUAUUCACUACUGUCACGAUGACUCAGAAUCAGUUGAGGACAGUUUUCGGCUACUCAUAUUGUCGGACAACGAAACGGAUUUCCAGUUCGUGUGUGAAAUUCAAGUGGAGAUUACCUUGUUGAAUGACAAUGGACCGUACCGGGUAUUUGAUAAGACAUUCCACAUUGUUAGAGAUGAAACCAAGCUGUUGACUUCGGUUGAUUUGAAAUAUGCCGACCCGGAUGUCGAAACUCGUAGUACAGACAUUGAAUACAGAUCAGUUACCUGCACGAAUGGAGAACUGAUCAGGAAUGGAAAGUUGGUGGAUUUAUUUACCCAGGAUGAUUUAGACAGUAGAAGAUUACUGUUUCAACAUAAUGGGACAGACCAGGGCAAGUUGUCAUUCAUUGUUACCGAUGGGUUAUAUGAGGUCCCAGGUUCUAUAGAAAUCGAAGCUUCCGACCCGUUUUUGAAAAUUCGUGAAAGCAAUGCAUCCAUUGCUCAGGAAGGUCGAGCAGUGCUUUUGACAUUGGAUGACUUGAGUAUAGAUAUGAAUUUGAAUGCGAAACCGGAAGAGAUAGAGUAUAGAAUAUUGCACGAACCAAGCAAUGGGUUGAUCAAAUUGUUGCGAACACGAUUCAACGCUAGUCACAUACAUCAUGUGAGCAAUGCAUCCACGACGAUGAAUUUUACACAAGCGGAUAUUAUAGACGAGCGAUUAGUGUAUUGGAACCGAGAGGUUGCUUCCAUGGAUAAAAUCAAAUAUCGUGUUAGUACGAAAGGAGUCUGGGCAGAGGGAGAAAUCAUGAUUCGUAUUUAUCCUCCAGCUUAUUGGGAACCUCUAAGAAUUAGGCGAAAUCAAACGUUGUUUGUUGAAGAAUCAACAAGCGUUAUUAUUUCACGAGAUAUACUGGAAAUUGUUCAUCCAAACAUUUCACCCGGUGACAUUACCUAUCUGGUGACCACUCAACCGCAGCAUGGGUACUUAGAAAUCCAAUCGAUCACAACCGAUGACGAGUAUAACUCCAAAGUAUUCGACCAAUCGACUAUCAACUCGGAAAAAAUGUUCUACAUACAGGCCGGAGUGAACCAAUCAUCUGAUUGCUUUACAUUUGACGUGACAAACGGAAUUACCUGGUUACGUGAUUUGAUGAUGAGGAUAGUGAUCAUCCCUGAGCAUUUAUAUAUCAGGGCGAAUGUAGUCAUAGUGGAAGAAGGCAAAAGCACAAAAGUUCAACCGAGUGAUAUGACACCGUAUUCCGAGUACUACAACGGAAAAAUUUUGGAGUAUAAAAUUCUGACGCACCCAUCGCAUGGAAGCAUCAAAUCUGGCAAAUCUUCAAAAGUGAAUCGUUUCACGCAGAAGCAGCUGGAAGCGGGAGUGAUCACCUACGUGCAUAAUGGUAGCGAAAAUUCCUCAGACACAAUCCGAUUGGUUGCUUUAGGACGAAACAAGGAGAGUGUUCCGUUCAAUUUGAACAUACAGAUCUUACCGAUUAACGACGAAGUCCCGCAGCUAGUUACCAAUACUGGAAUGCACAUGUGGAUUGGGGGAAAAUCUAUGAUUCAGAGCACGGAUCUAAUGGUACAAGACUACGAUACCCCACCGGAGAAUCUCACCUUUCACGUGCAGCAGAUGUCCGGUGGCUACGUCGCACUGAAAGACAGCUAUGGCAGAAAGAUUCACACGUUCACUCAGCAGGAUAUCAACCAGAACCGGGUGUAUUUCAUCCACGACAGCAGCAAUCAGAAUGGGAAGAUCGUGUUCUACGUUAGCGACGGUCUCCACAAUACCACGGAACAAGUGCUGCAUAUUGUUACAAACCCUGUCGCGCUGGAGCAAAUCAAAAAUGAAGUCUUGCAUGUAUUUCCACUAACCAGGAAACAGAUUCUACCGGAACAGUUGUAUUACAAGUGCUCGGACGACGAUCGGGACGUGAAGUAUGUUGUGACGAUUCCCCCUCAAAUGGGAAGACUACUUUUUGAACACCUGGAGUAUGGUUAUACGAACGAAAUUAGCGAAUUUACGCAGCACGACGUUGAGAAUGGAAGGAUUUUCUACGAGCAUACUCAUCCUAUGGUGGAGCUGAAAACGAACGAUUCCUUUUACUUUGACGUAACUGCACCACUUUCGAACAGUUUAAUUGAUCAGAUAUUCAGCGUAGAUGUGUCGGUGUCAUCGGGUGGGUUGCUGAGAUUUUUACCUGUUCCUAGGAUCAAUAUAGACGAAGGUGACCUAGCACCGAUAAAGCUUGAUCUUUCGAAGAUCUUAGAGUACUUGGAAACUCGAGCAGGAAUUCAAAACCCCGAACUUUACAUUGAAGUUUACCCUCCGGCUCAUGGUACAGUAGAGCUAGAGGAUUCCAUCCCAAAUGUAAAUCGAUUCUCAUUGAAUGAUUUCUAUACCAACAAAGUGAUUUAUAAACACGAUCACUCAGAUACAGUCGAAGACAGGGUUGCGCUGGCAGUGUACCUAGUUCCCGGGCAUUUGUUUCUGUGCAACAUCACAAUUCCAGUAACGAUCAAUCCUGUUAACGAUCAACCGUUUCAGCUAGUGACAGCUGCGCCGCACAUUUCAGUGAUUGAAGGUGAAAAUCAGACCAUAACCUCGUCUCACCUAUUGACCGAGGAUGUUGAUACUGGGCCUAAGGAUAUAAUAUACGAUGUUAUCAGUGGACCGAAUCUAGGAGUACUGCUGAAGAUUUCUGAUGAAGGUUAUCCUCAGGAUAUUAUUACCUAUGGCAACCAAUUUACUCAAGCAGAUAUCAAUGAAAAUCGGAUUAUCUACACUCAUUCGGGAAACCCGCAAUCAACGACAUUCUACUUCAAAGUAUCCGAUGGCAAGUUCAAACCUGCUUACGAAAUUUUCAAUAUAAAGAUACUUCCAAUAACCAUCUUACCUGGUUUCAAUAAUCAACCGAUUAUCGUUCAGCAAGGCACAAACCUUGGGGUGUUGGAACCGAAACACAUAGCGGUUGACACGAACGUACAGAAAACCCGAAUCGUAUAUAACGUGACCAAGAAUCCUUUGGGAGGAAUUAUUAUUUCCAACAACAAGCCAGUAGUAAAAUUCACUCAACGUCAGCUGGAAGAAGGAAAAAUUAGUUACAUGCAAACGGAUAUGACCAGAUCAAACGACACUUUUCAGAUGGAUGCUUUCAUACCGGAUACUACUUCAGCAUGUCUGGUAGAGGUGAACAUGAUCGUUCAGCCGUUCAUCAUAAUAAACCCAAUCACGAUCACUCCUGGAGAGCGAAUAAGGCUGAGCUCUACUUUCAUUUUUGACAAUCCUGCCCAACUCAAGCUUAACCGUUAUAAUCCGAAAAUUACGAUCACCCGUAGACCCAAAUAUGGACGCUUGAAAAAAAUUGUCAGGAGUACUGGUCUGGAUUAUAUAGAGCAAUCGAGAGAUCAGGACAUCGGAACUUUCACUUAUAAAGAAUUAAAGAGCGGUGUCAUAUAUUAUGUUGCAAGAAAAUUCAAUCAAGAUUUCCAAUCUAUCAAUGACAAUUUUGAAUAUCUACUAGCUACCAAAACAGCUCAACCCGGUCAAGGAACGGUCCCUAUUGAAAUUUAUUCGCCGUCCCGCAAUGCUCUCGAUAGCAACGACGUUGACAUAGUCACCGCGGAGAGUAAUCUGCCAUUUGAUUACUUAAUUGCAGCUUGUGUUGCAGCUGCCAUCAUAGUCAUUCUGCUUAUGAUAAUUAUUUUACUGAAAUGUCGAUCGAAUAGCUCCCAGAAAGAUCAUCCUGACAAAGAUCACCCUCCGUCCCUUCCGCGACCACCCGACUUCAUGACCUUGAACAAUCGAAUGUACACACCAUCUGAAAACGAAUCCUUACCGGUCACUACCGCAUCAACUCCCCUUCCAAUCAUCAGCAGCAUCCCUCACUGUAAGGUUAUUCCAAUUGGUCUGGAUAACACGCUUCAGUUGGAUUCUGAUCCUGAAGACGACAUGAUGGACAUUCAUGGCGACCUGAUGCACAGCCCCAACAAUCUCAACUAUCCGUACGGGGACGAAGGUGACGAGUGGAGCUCAUCCUGUGAUGCUGGUGCAGAUGUUAAUUAUUCCUCCAUUGCACAGCAGCAACACGCUCAACAGCAACAACAUCUACUUCCACAACAGCAGCACAUGUUGCAAGCUCCGCAAGGGCAACAGAAAGCGAACCCGCUGCUGCGAAGGAAUCAGUACUGGGUGUAAGGAAGCAUCACACGUAUGCACCCCAAAAGAAGAAUAGCAAAUCUGAUCUGAUUGUAAGAAACUGUGUGAUUUAUUUGUCUUAAAUACUUAAAAACCCUUCGUUUCUACGCAGCCCAAAAAUUACACUGUCCAUGAGUGCUACUCUUAAGGAAAAUGCUUUCUGAACAUUUUCGAUAAAACCCCGUUUAUUCUAGUUUGAUAUUUGAAGACAAAAUAAAAUUCGAAUUGCCAUGCAAUUAUUGCCGAGACUAAUAUUUUUUUAACAAAACGAGAUUGAAAUAAUUAGCUUGUAUUACGAAUGUAUAGACGAAUGAAUGCGAAAAUAAAAUUACACAUCUUUAGG